CCUCAGCCAGAUAUUUGGCAACUCAACUGUUAAUGCUCUGUGGUUUUUUCCUCCCUGGGAUCAAUGUGACGUCACUGGUGUAAUUUGAGCCCGGAGCUCCUUUCAUACUUUAAAUAGCAGUCCGGGGAUGAUCUUACAACAGGCUCCCUGGACGUGCCCAAGCUGAGCUGUGGAAGAACUACAUCGAUGAAAGCAAAGCGAAGCCUCCAAGCCACCAGCAUGUCCUCGUCUCUUCGAGUAAGCCCGUCCAUCCACGGCUACCACUUCGACACAGCGUCUCGCAAGAAAGCUGUGGGCAACAUCUUCGAAAACAUAGACCAGGAGUCCCUGCAGAGGCUCUUCAGGAACUCCGGAGACAAGAAGGCAGAGGAGCGGGCCAAGAUCAUUUUUGCCAUCGAUCAAGAUUUGGAGGAGAAAACACGAGCUCUGAUGGCCCUGAAGAAGAGGACAAAAGACAAGCUUCUUCAGUUUCUCAAGCUUCGGAAAUAUUCCAUCAAGGUGCACUGAGCAUUCAUUGCAAGAUGGGUAAGGAGCUUAUCCACCAACAGACCUUUAAAGGACCCAGGGAGCCUGCCAGCCCUGGCAGAGGCAGCGUCCCACGCAAAGGCUUGAGAGCCUCUUGCAACUGGACUCUGAGGACGGAAAGGGACAGAACACACCAGCUACAUAGACUCCAACUCAUGGCAGCCCUGAGCUGUCACACUGAGAGCAAAGUGCCUUCAGCAGGCGUUGAGAACUCUCCCAGCAGGGAAGGACUGAAGUAGCCGAAGACAGUGGAAGCACAGAACAGAACAUGUCACUUGUGGGGACUGAGUUCACGCACCCAGGGUCACCGGCAAGACCCUGACCCUAAGAGUAAACUCAAACCUAACUUGGUUUCUGUUGUAGUUUGGUUUGUUACUUUGUUUUCUUUUGGAAAAAUAUCAAAGUGGGUAGGGAGAAGGAGGAAAGAGGG